CGGCGGCGGGGCCAUGAAGGUGAAGAAGAGCGGCGGGGCCGGGGCCGGAGCCGGGGCCGGGGCGACGGCGGCGGCGGCGGCGGCGGCCCGUACCGAGGAGGAGCUGGGCCGCAAAGCGCUCAUCGGGCCCGACGACGUGCUGGGGCUGCAGCGGGUCACCAGCGAUUAUUUGUGCACUCCAGAGGAAAAUGUUUACAAGAUAGACUUCACCAGGUUCAAAAUCCGGGACAUGGAAUCUGGCACGGUCUUGUUUGAAAUCACCAAACCGGCAGCUUCAGAACGUGAGCACAAUGACAAGAAGGACAUCGACCCCAACGCUGGACGGUUUGUACGCUAUCAGUUUACCCCGGCUUUUCUUAGACUUCGGCAAGUGGGAGCCACGGUGGAAUUCACCGUAGGGGACAAACCCAUUAAUAACUUCCGCAUGAUUGAGAGGCACUACUUCCGCGAUCAAUUGCUCAAGAGUUUUGAUUUUGAAUUUGGGUUCUGCAUCCCCAGCAGCAAAAAUACUUGUGAGCACAUCUAUGAAUUCCCCCAGCUCUCUGAGGAUCUCAUUCGAGAGAUGAUCCUUCAUCCAUAUGAGACACAGUCGGACAGUUUCUACUUUGUAGACAACAAGCUGGUGAUGCACAACAAGGCAGAUUAUUCGUACAGUGGAGGACCUUGAGCGCAGGCUGGACAGCCCACCUGCGCUGGCCUUCCCCUUCCCAUCAAAGUCGUCAGGGAUACCAACACCUUCGGUUCAGUUGCCUCCAGCGUCAACUGGACAAGGAUCCACAAACCAAGGACUCUUUGCCACAGUAGGAGUUUCAUGACUAAAUUUGCCAGUCUCCUCUCUUCUCGAGCUUUGAAGCAGACCCGGUUCUUCAGAACUUUAAGCGGUUCUACAAUGGUGAACGGUCUUUGGAUGUCACUUCCCGAAGUUCUUUGUCUGCUUUGAAAAUGGCCUUGUGGGACCUUGGGAGAUUUUGCCCUAAUUCUGCGGAUUCGUGCACUUGCCCUCAAGUAUCUCUUAGGACGCGAUUGCUUUCUCAAAGAAUGUAAUCUGAGAAACCACGGGAGCGGAUUGGAUGCAAAUGCGGAGUUUUUGUUUAUUCGUUUCUCUUUGCGGAUGCUUCAAAGGCAUGGCCAAUUUAACCUGUACAUCCGGUUGAAAAUGUCGAGCAUAACAAUUUACAAAAGCAAGUUUCAUCUUUAGAUUAGUUGUCUAAAGAAGUAUCUCGUCCUUUAGUUUCGUUCCUUCUAUGUAACGCUCUGUUUAAUCUUGGAAACACUGAAACUCGCAAUGAGGACAGUAA